AUGGCAUUGGACUUCUCCCUUCCCACCGCGCUGAUCCUGAUCGACAACCAACAGGGCCUCACCAAUCCAUCAACGCUCUCCCAUUGGGGCCCUUCGCGGUCCAACCCGCAAUAUGAAACCAACACCCAAGCACUUCUCUCGGCAUUCAGAGCUGCAAAAUCAUCAUCUUCGACUCCGCUGGAAGUAAUCCAUGUUUUCCACUCCUCCACGUCCCCGAAGUCUCCACUGCACCCUUUACACCCAGAACAGGGCAUCCGCCCUCUAGACUUCGCGGCGCCAGCCGCGGAUGGCUCGGAGGCUGUGUUUUGGAAGACCGUCAAUUCCUCUUUCAUUGGGACAGGGCUUGAGGCCCAUGUGCGUGAAAAGGGAUUCCGCCAGCUCAUCAUUGCUGGAUUGACGACUGAUCAUUGUGUAUCGACCACCACGCGCAUGGCUGCUAACUUGGGAGUUGUGGAUCGGUAUCCCGGGGAUGGGCCGGUCCGGCUGAGGUCCGACGGGACGCAUGAGAAUGAGCUGAAUGUUGAGAAGGGUCGUAUUGUACUUGUUGAUGAUGCGACUGCCACCUUUGGGAAAGGGGGUAUCGAUGCGGAGAUCAUUCAUAAGGUUUCUUUGGCUACCUUGGAGGGUGAAUUUGCCGAUGUAUUAAAAACUGAAGAGGUUGUCAAGGCGUUGGAGAAGAUAUAG